GACUCUUGCCCUGGGGCACCUCGCGUUCGUGGAGGCAGCGUGGGGACUGGGGACACCGCGUGCGAUGCAAACUAUUUAUCUGCUGCUAAGCUGAACCAUGAGUCUUGUGCUACAUGAGCUGCUUGUUUGCUGCCGUCAACUUGAAAAUGACAAAAUUACAGAGCGAAGGAAAGAAGUUGAAAAAUUCAAACGUCUCAUCCGUGAUUCUGAAACAAUUAACCAACUGGAUCGUAAUUCUGACUCUAAACAAGGAAAACAACUGAACUGGGAUGCUGUAUUUAGGUUUCUGCAGAAAUACAUCCUGAAAGAAACUGACAGUAUCAGAUUGGCAAAACCAAAUGUAUCUGCCUCAACACAAGCUUCCAGGCAGAAAAAGAUGCAAGAGAUCAGCGGUUUGGUCAAAUACUUCAUUAGAUGUGCUAAUAAAAGAGCACCCAGAUUAAAAUGUCAGGAGCUUCUGAAUUAUGUCAUGGACAUAGUGAAAGAUACAUCAAGUUGUGCUAUUUAUGGAGCUGACUGUAGUAGCAUACUACUAAAGGAUGUUCUUUCAGUGAGGAAAUACUGGUGUGAGAUAUCUAAGCAACAGUGGUCAGAACUGCUGACCCUGUACUGCAAAUUGUAUCUCAAACCUUCCAGAGAUAUUAACAGAGUCUUGGUGGCUAGAAUAAUUCAUACACUGAUCAGAGGAUGCUGCUUCCAAACUGAUGAACUAAAUUCCAAUCUUUUUUGCUUCUUUGAAAAAGCACUACAAUGUGCAAGGCAGGAGAACGCCUCUGCAGGUCUGGAUCAUAUUCUUGCAGCAAUUAAUGUUUUCUUCAGCGUGUAUGCUGUGAACUGUCGUAUGCGGAUUUGUAAGCUAGGAGAAGAAAUUCUUCCUACGGUUCUUUAUAUAUGGACUCAGUAUAGACCAAAAGAGUCUCUAAAGGAGUUAAUAAUUCAGUUACUUCAACUGCAGGUUCGUGUUCAUCAUCCAAAGGGAGCCAAAACACAGGAGAAAGGUGCAUAUGACUCAGCAAAAUGGCAAAGAAUCUUAUACAACUUGUAUGAUCUUCUGGUGAAUGAGUUAAGUCUCAUUGGCAGUAGAGGAAAGUAUUCUUCAGGAUCACGCAACAUUGCUGUAAAGGAAAACUUGAUUGAAUUAAUGGCUGAUAUUUGUCAUCAAGUCUUUACUGAAGACACCAAAGUUCUGGAGAUAACCCAGUCAUACACUGUUACACAAAGAGAGUCUGGAGAUGAAGCUGCACCGAGCAAGCGUAGGAGGAUCGAAUUGGGCUGGGAAAUAAUUCGAGACAACCUGCAAAGAUCACAGAAUGAUUUUGAUGUCAUACCUUGGUUACAGAUUACAGCCCGAUUAAUAUCAAAGUAUCCUAUGAGUCUUCCUAACCGUGAAUUAUCUCCCUUACUCACUAUACUACACCAGCUACUACAUCAGCAGAGAAAAGGGGAAAGGACCCCAUAUGUGCUAAGGUGCCUUACAGAGGUUGCUGUUUGUCAGAGCCAAAAAUUAGAUUUGGAAAGCACACAAAAGUUGGAGCUGCAGAGAAUCUGGGCAAAAGUUUGGUCUCUGACACUUCGCAGCAUAAGUUUUCAGCAAGUUGAAACAGAAAGCUUUGGGUUACUUGGAGCCAUAAUUCAAGGAAACCUUAUUGUAAUAGACAAAGAACUCUGGAAGAUAUUUUCAGGGUCUGCAUACAAGCCUUCGAGUCCUGCUGCACGUUGCUUGGCAUUAGCAAUGACUGCCUAUGUAGUACCAGAAACUUUGAAAGUAGGAAUGAUGCAGAAUAAUUGUGAAGGAAAUACAGGGUAUGUGUUAAAAGAAGCAAUAAUGAAAUGGCUACUGUUCUGUCAUUUGGAAGAGAAGAUGGAAGAAUGUAUUGAGUUACCCCCUGUGCUAUGCAGUGAUUUUCCUCAUCUAGUGCUGCAGAAAAUUCUUGUGAGCUUGACUAUGAAGAACUGCAGAGCUGCAAUGAACUUUUUCCGAAAUGCUACUGCGUGUGUGCAACACACACAAGACAAAGGAGAAGUCAGUUUUUUGGAAAUUGAAGAGCUGUAUCUACAAACAACUUUUGAUGAAAUGGCUAUUUUCACCAGCCUUGCAGUGAACAUUGCAGAUAAAAAUCUGUCUGGUUCAGGACUUGCUGUCAACCAAAACCAUAGGGAAACACUGGAGCACUGUCUGUUAGUGGUGUCAGAACAGCUUUUAAACAGCUACUCUUCUGAGUCUACUACUGCAGAACACCUAGUCCGAUGUGUCAGUCUCUUGACUGGUGUUCUUAGCUGCUAUUGCUAUGCUGGCACAUUAACUGAAGAGGAUGCAUGUAAAUCAGAAUUGUUCCAUAAAGCUAAGUCUCUCAUGCAUUAUGUUGGAGAAAGCAUUUCUCAGUCUAAAAGUAAACCUAAUGAAGACUCUAGGAUCAUCUUGUUGAGGACUUUGAUAACACAAUGUACCAACUGCUUAUGUAAUUGUACCAAGAGCAGUCCAAGUAAGAUCUUAUCAGGCUUAUUCCUGAGUUUGUUAACAUCAAAGACGAUGAAUGAUCUUGUAGAUAUUUGCAAACAUCUGAUGGUCUUUACAGGCAAACCAAGUGAUGCUGGAGAAGUAGACCUAAUGGAAGAUGAUAUUGAGGAGGGUGCAAUGGAAGUAGAUAACCAUGUAGCCAUGGACCGAUUUGAUGAUCACUAUAUCACUGACUUCGGUGAUGCAAAUGAGUCUGGGGAGAUGCAAAACGUAACUGGUGCUAUGAGCCCAUUAGCUGAAGAACAUUUGACAAAGCAGGAUUUACUCCUCCUUGAAAUUCUGAGGCUCUUGUGUCUAUGUGUAACUACAGCACAAAUCCAUACAGUCUGCUUCAGAGCACCUGACAUACGGCGGAAGCUGUUAAUGCUAAUUGAUAAAAGUAUAUUUGAUGCUGCUAAAUCACUGCAUCUACAAGUGUAUUUAGUCCUUUUGAAGGAACUCCCAACUGAAGAAAAUUUGUUGCCAGAAGAUGAUCUUCUCAUGCUUCUCAAGCCUCUUUCUGACGUGUGCUCCUUGUAUCGUCGAGAUCAAGAAGUUUGUAAAGCAAUUCUAAAUAAUCUACUUCCUGCAGCAGUGGGGUUGGGCCAAGCCAACCCAAAUGUUGAAGAAACAGGGGAAGUCCAAGGACAAUUUUUAACUGUUGUGGGAGCAUUUUGGCACUUGACAAAGGAAGGGAGAUGUACGGCUCCAGUAAGAGUGGCCCUACUGAACUGCAUGAAAGCCCUACUUGAGGCUGAUCCUCAUUCAAAUUGGGCUGUGCUUAAUGUAAACGAUAAAGAUCUGCCUGUGAGAGAUGUUUUCCCACAUUUCCUCGCAGAUAGCCACCAUCAAGUUUGCAUGCUCGCUGCAAAGUCAAUAACCAGUUUGUUCCAAGAUGUGAAACAGAGAGAUUCUUCUGGAUUACCAAAAGCUCUUCCUUUGAAGUUCCAGCAAAAGGCCUUUGAGAAUGUAUACCUCAGAGUUCAAGAAGGAAUGAGAGAUCUGGCACGUGGUGGCAUGCGCCCUGAAGACCUCUUGGAUGAGCAGUGUAAUAGAAGAGCAGUUCUGCUGAUGCUGAUAACCAUGGUUUUAUGUUGCAGUCCUGUGUGUGAAAAGCAGGCUUUGUUUGCUAUUUGCCAGUCUGUGAAAGAAAAUGGAUUGGAGCCUCACCUUAUAAAAAAGGUUUUGGAGAGAGUAUCGGACAUUUUUGGCUAUAAAAGUAUAGAAGACUUCAUGACUUCCCAAUUAGACUAUCUGGUGCUGGAGUGGCUGAGAAUGAAAGAGAGUGGAUAUAGCCUAUCUGCUUUUCCUUACAUUGUUUUGAACUACUCUAGCCUUGAGGAGUUCUACAGGUCUUGUUAUAAAGUUUUGGUUCCACACCUGGUGAUUAGAAGUCAGUUUGAAGAUGUGAAAUCUAUUGCUAACAUGAUUGAAAAAGACUGGCGGCAGCUACUAGCCGACUGCUUUCCAAAGAUUCUUGUAAAUAUCCUUCCCUAUUUUGCCUAUGAAAGCCAUGGAGAUAGUGAAAUAGCACAACAGAGAGAUACAGCUUAUAAAGUCUACGACAUGCUUAAGGAUGAAAGCUGCUUAGGAAAACAGAUUGACAAUUUAUCUCACAGUAACUUGCCAGAGAUUGUGGUGGAGCUGCUGAUGACCCUGCAUGAGCCAGUCAACACCAAGGCAGGAGAAGGAGCUGAUCUAAGUAAAUUUACAGGGGAACUGGACCCUGCUCCUAAUCCUCCUCAUUUUCCAUCUUAUGUGAUCAAGGCAACCUUGGAUUAUAUUAGCAGUUGUCAUAAAACCAAGUUAAAAAGUAUUGUAGCUGUACUUUCUAAAAAUCCUGAUGCAUUCCAGAAAAUCCUACUAGCCAUUUGCAAACAGGCAGCUGAUACAAAUAAUAUUUACAAAAAACACAGGAUUCUUAUAAUUUAUUACUUGUUUGUUAAUUUGUUACUUAAAGAGAUAAAGGAUGGUUUAGGAGGAGCAUGGGCUUUUGUUCUUCGAGAUAUAAUAUAUACCCUGAUUCACUAUAUCAACAGCAGACCCAGUCUUGGCAGAGACAUGUCCAUGCGCAGCUUUUCCCUCAGCUGUGACCUUCUAAAUCAUGUUUGCCACGCAGCAGUCACAUAUUGUAAGGAUGCCCUAGAGAAUCACCUUCAUGUCGUUGUUGGAACGCUAAUACCUCUCGUCAGGGACCAGCCUGAAAUUCAGAAGCAGGUCCUAGGCUUGUUGAAGUACCUAGUGAUAGAUAACAAGGAUAAUGAAAACUUGUACCAAACAAUCAAACAUUUAGAUCCUUUUCCUGAGCAUCCUGCUUUUAAAGAUUUGCGUGCUACUCAGCAGAAAAUCAAAUACAGUAAAGGAGCAUUUUCACUUUUGGAGGAAAUUAACCAUUUCUUAUCAGUAAGUUUCUGUGACUCACUGCCAUUUGCAAGACUUGAAGGAUUAAAUGAUUUACACAAACAACUGGAACAACAUAAAGAUCAGAUGAAGGAUCUCAUGAAACAUUUCCAGGAAAACCCCCAGGACUAUGUCAUAGUAAAGUUGGUGGUGAGCUUGCUACAACUGUCCAAGACAGCAGUUAAUCAUACAGGUGAAAAGGCAGUUUUAGAGGCUGUUGGAAGUUGUUUGGGAGAACUGGGUCCUAUAGAUUUCUCCACCAUAACUCUGCAACAUAGUAAAAAUGCAGUCUAUUCUAAGGCAGCUGACUUAUUUGAAGAUCGAGAACUUCAGUGGGUCUUCAUAAUGCUGACUCUAAUAAAUAGUGCUUUAAUAGAUGAUUGUAUUGGUGUUCGAUCUGCUGCUGCUGCCUGUUUGAAAAACAUUUUAUCCACCAAGGCUGGUAACGACUUUUGGGAGGUUUACAAAAACAAAGCUGAUCCCAUGUUAAUAUAUCUACAUCCUUUCAGAAUGUCUAGAAAGAAGUUUUUAGAAGUACCAAGUAAUGAAAGAGAGAGUCCUUCAGAAAACCUGGAUGAUGCAAGUGUGUGGAUUCCUCAGAGUGUAAGUCAUGAUACCUGGAUCAAGAACCUGACUUGUUCAUUACUGAACAGUGGAGGUGUGAGAAAUGAAGUUCUUCAGUUACUGAAACCAAUGUGUGAGGUGAAAACAGACUUUUGUCAGACUUUGCUCCCGUACCUGAUUCAUGAUAUCCUGCUUCAUGAUUCAAAUGAAUCUUGGCGAAAUCUUUUGUCCAUGCAUAUACAGAGGUUUUUCACAACUUGUUGCAGAUACUCCUCAUCAUCCAGCAGAUCAACUACACCUGCAAAUUCCAAUUCAGAACCAGAAACCUUUAUUCGUGGAGGUUUAGAUAAAAUAUCUCGACGAACAAUGCUUGAUGUUGUUGAUUACUUGAGAAGUCAAAAGAGAUCUCUUUCAGGUACAGUUUUUGAUGACAGUUUCUGGCUGGAGUUGAAUUACCUUGAGGUUGCUAUGGUAGCACAAUCUUGUGCUGCUCACUUCACAGCUUUGCUCUACACAGAAAUCUACGCAGACAAGAUAAACUUAGACAAACAACAAAAAAGAUCUGCUUUCAAAGCAUCUAAAAAUCUAACAUUUGAAGAAGAAAGCCAAAGUCCAACUAUUAACAGAUUGAAUGAGAAAAGUAAAGAAGAAACUGGAAUAAGUUUACAGGACCUUCUCAUGGAAAUAUACAGAAGUAUAGGAGAGCCUGAUAGUCUCUAUGGCUGUGGUGGAGGAAGAAUGUUACAGCCAUUAGCUAGGAUAAGAACAUAUGAGCACGAGGCCAUAUGGGGAAAGGCCCUUGUAACAUAUGACCUUGAAGCAAGCCUCCCUCCAGCUACUCGCCAGGCAGGAAUAAUAGAGGCCUUGCAGAAUUUUGGGCUUUGCCAUACUCUUUCCACCUAUUUAAAAGGCUUGGAAUAUGAAAACACAGAAUGGUGUGCUGAACUAAAGGAGAUUCGUUACCAGGCAGCUUGGAGGAACAUGCAGUGGGACCACAUCUCUUCUGCUAAAGAUGAGAUGGGACGAUCAGGCUACCAUGAAUCAUUGUAUGAUGCUCUGCAGUCUUUAAGAGACCGAGAAUUCUCUGCUUUCCAUGAAGGCCUGAAAAAUGCCAGGGUGAGCGAAGUAGAGGAGCUAUGCAAAGGCAGUCUCGAGUCUGUGUUUUCAUUGUAUCCCACACUCUGCAGAUUACAGACCAUUGGAGAGUUGGAAAACAUAGGACAACUUUUCUCCAGAUCUGUUACUAACAAACAACUGAAUGACGUUUAUCUGAAGUGGCAGAGACAGUCCCAGCUUCUUAAGGACAGUGACUUUGGUUUCCAGGAGCCUAUCAUGGCCCUACGCACUGUAAUUCUGGAGAUCCUUCUUGAGAAGGAAAGUGAGAAUUCCAAAAGAGAAUGCAUUAAAGACAUUCUUACCAAACAUCUAGUGGAACUGUCCAAAUUGGCACGAACUGCCAAAAACACCCAGCUUCCUGAAAGAGCAAUGUUUCAGAUCAAACAAUACAAUCCAGCUAUGUGUGUAGUCUCUGAGUGGCAACUGGAGGAAGCUCAGGUUUUCUGGGCUAAAAAAGAAGAAAGUCUAGCACUGAGUAUUCUCAAGGAGAUGAUCAAGAAAUUGGAUACAAAUUGGUUUCAGAAUGAUCCGAGCCUAAGACUGAUAUACACAGAGUGUCUGAGGUUAUGUGGAAACUGGUUAGCAGAAACAUGUUUGGAAAACCCUACAGUUAUCAUGCAGAAAUACUUAGAAAAGGCAGUGGAAAUUGCUGGGAGCCACAGUGGAGACAGCAGUGAUGAGCUAAAGAAUGGAAAGAUGAAGGCUUUCCUUUCUUUGGCUCGUUUCUCUGAUAUUCAGUACCAAAGAAUUGAGAACUACAUGAAAUCCUCAGAGUUUGAAAACAAGCAAGCUUUGCUGAAGAAGGCCAAGGAGGAAAUUGGCCUCCUAAAGGAGCACAAGGUUCAGACAAACAGAUACACAGUGAAGGUUCAGCGGGAGCUUGAACUUGAUGAAUGUGCAAUUCGUGCACUGAGUGAGGAUUGUAAACGUUUCUUGUGCAAAGCGGUAGAGAACUACAUCAGUUGCUUACUUAGUGGAGAAGAGCAUGAUAUGUGGAUCUUCCGCCUCUGCUCCCUCUGGCUUGAGAACUCUGAAGUUUUUGAAGUCAAUGGAAUGAUGAAGACAAUUGCAGAGAAGAUUCCAUCAUACAAGUUUUUGCCUCUGAUGUACCAGCUGGCUGCUCGAAUGGGAACCAAGAUCAUGGGCUGUCUAGGAUUUCACAAAGUUUUAAAUAAUCUAAUAUCUAGAAUUUCACUGGAUCAUCCACAUCAUACUUUGUUUAUAGUAUUGGCUUUGGCAAAUGCCAACAAGGAUGAACUCUUGGCAAAACCAGAGGCAACAAGAAGAAACAGACUAACAAAAAAUGUACCGAAAGAAAUCUCCCAGCUCGAUAUGGAUCGAAUGGAGGCUGCCAGCAACAUAAUUAACAUUAUAAAAAGUAGGAGACCUCAGAUGGUUAGAGGUGUAGAGGCACUUUGUGAUGCGUACAUCACAUUAGCAAAUCUGGAUGCCACUCCAUGGAAAUCUCAAAGAAAAGGCAUAAGUAUUCCUGCUGGCCAGCCUAUUACUAAACUAAAGAACUUGGAGGAUGUUGUUGUUCCCACCAUGGAAAUUAAGGUGGACCCUACUGGGAAAUAUGAAAAUUUGGUGACAAUAAGAUCAUUCAAGCCAGAGUUUCGCUUAGCAGGAGGCCUGAAUCUGCCUAAAAUAAUAGAUUGUAUAGGAUCAGAUGGAAAAGAGAGGAGGCAACUUGUCAAGGGCCGGGAUGACCUGAGACAGGAUGCUGUCAUGCAGCAGGUUUUCCAGAUGUGCAAUACACUGCUCCAGCAAAACACUGAAACCAGAAAAAGAAAACUCACCAUCCGAAGAUAUAAGGUGAUUCCCCUUUCUCAGAGAAGUGGUGUCCUGGAGUGGUGCUCAGGGACAGCUCCCAUUGGUGAAUUCCUUGUGAAUCCUGAAGAGGGAGCUCACAGGAGAUACAGGCCAAAAGACUACAGCAGUACUUACUGUCAAAAGACAAUGAUGGAUGCACAAAAACAGCAUUCUGAAGAGAAAUACAACAUCUUUAUGGACGUUUGCCAGAAUUUUCAACCUGUGUUUCGCUAUUUCUGCAUGGAAAAAUUCCUGGACCCAGCUGUCUGGUUUGAGAAACGAUUGGCAUAUACUCGCAGUGUGGCUACAUCAUCUAUCGUUGGUUACAUACUUGGGCUUGGAGAUAGACACGUACAGAAUAUCCUGAUAGAUGAGCAAACUGCAGAAUUGGUGCACAUAGAUUUAGGGGUUGCUUUUGAACAGGGCAAAAUCCUUCCCACACCAGAGACUGUUCCCUUUAGGUUAACCAGAGACAUUGUGGAUGGAAUGGGCAUCACUGGCGUGGAGGGAGUCUUUAGAAGAUGCUGUGAGAAGACUAUGGUUGUUAUGAGAAAUUCCCAAGAAGCUUUGCUGACUAUCGUGGAGGUGCUGCUCUAUGAUCCUCUCUUUGACUGGACCAUGAAUCCUUUGAAAGCAUUGUAUUUGCAACAGAGACCAGAGGAUGAGGCUGACAUCAACUCCACACUCAAUACCAGUGAUCAGGAAUGUAACAGAAAAGCCAGAGAUGACCAGAGUUUUAACAAAGUUGCAGAACGUGUCCUGAUGAGGCUUCAGGAGAAGCUGAAAGGUGUAGAGGAGGGAACAGUGCUCAGUGUGGGAGGACAGGUGAACCUUCUGAUACAGCAGGCCAUGGAUCCCAAAAACCUCAGUCGGCUCUUUCCAGGGUGGAAGCCCUGGGUAUGA